AUGGGAGAUUCUCAACGUUCUCCGACACUAGACUUUUACGGCAUAUUUUCUAAGAAUGCAGCCAUUAAAGAUAUGUGUAAAGUAUACAAGUCUCUUAUUACGAAAAAGAAUUCUGACAAGAAUCCAUCCAACAAAGCUGAAUCACAAGACAAAUUCCACCAAAUCAAUGAAGCCCGAAAAGGCAACACUACACCUAUUAUAUACUCUCAAUCCACUGCUCGGAAAACACCUCCCCCGGUUGAGAGGAAGCUUCAAUGCACAUUAGAAGAGCUCUGGCAUGGAUGCAUCAAGAAAAUCAAGAUCAAUAGAAACGUAAUCAGAAACGGGAUAAUGGAUCAGGAAGAAGAAAUCCUGAUGAUAAAAGUGGAACCCGGAUGGAAGAAAGGAACAAAGAUUACAUUUGAAGGAAAAGGUGACGAAAGACCAGGAUAUCACCCAGCAGAUUUGAUUUUAUUGAUUGAUGAAAAGAGACAUCCAUUGUUUGAAAGAGAAGGUGACGACUUGGAGAUUGGGCUUGAGAUACCAUUGUUGCAGGCUCUUACAGGCUGCACAAUUUCAGUUCCAAUAUUAGGAGGAGAAAAAAUGUGCUUAUCAUUUGAUGAUAUUAUAUAUCCAGGGUUUGUGAAGAUUAUUAGAGGUCAAGGUAUGCCAACUAAAGAAGAAGGAAGGAGAGGUGAUUUACGUAUCAAAUUUUUGGUUGAAUUUCCAUUUGAAUUGAGUGAUGAACAAAGGAUUGAAGCUUCCAGUAUUCUACAAGAAUGUUCUUGA